CCACCCAGCUUUGACUAUUUUGCUUCUCCUUUCGCUGCCGCUUUCUUCCCUUUUGCGUCGCUUUGUUCACUUGCGAUUUGAAGAGUCAACCGACGGCCCUGCGUUCCCAUUCACUGCGUAACACCAUAAGAGAAGGAGACAAUUAAGCUUCCUCCAUCCGAGAAUCUGAGAGGAGGAGGAAGAAGAAGCGGCAGGAAAAAUGGUGGAGAUGGAUUCAGGGGAGAAGCGGCUCAAUGAGCUCGGCUACAAGCAGGAGCUCAGGAGAGAGAUGGUGAGUCUUUUCUUUUCAUCUUCUCCUUCAAAAUCUAAUCUUUUGUCUUCUCCGAUUGUGCAGACGCUGUUCAAGACGCUGGCGAUAUCGUUCUCGACGAUGACGCUGUUCACCGGUAUCACGCCGCUGUACGGCUCGAGCUUGCUGUACGCGGGUCCCGCGAGUCUGGUGUGGGGCUGGGUCGUCGUCUCCUUCUUCACCUGGUUCGUCGGCGUCGCCAUGGCCGAGAUCUGCUCCUCUUUCCCCACCACAGGUUCUCUAUACUUCUGGGCUGCUCAUUUAGCAGGCCCUGUUUGGGGUCCGUUUGCCUCGUGGUGCUGUGCUUGGCUGGAAGCCAUCGGACUCAUCGCCGGAAUCGGCACUCAGGCAUUCGCAGGUUCACAGGUGCUGCAGAGCAUCAUUCUAUUAUGCACCGGGACGAACAGAGGCGGCGGUUAUCUUGCUCCCCGAGGCGUCUUUCUCGCUAUGUACAUUGGCCUGACAAUCAUAUGGGCAGUGCUCAACACAUUUGCAUUGGAAGUCAUCGCACUGAUCGACAUCGUCUCAAUCUGGUGGCAGGUGAUCGGCGGCUCUGUUAUAGUUAUCAUGCUUCCCCUCGUCUCUCUCACUACUCAGCCUGCGUCUUAUGUCUUCUCCCAUUUUGAAACAUCCCCUGACUCGACGGGGAUACACAGCAAAGCCUACGCCGUCGUCUUAUCGGUCCUUGUCAGCCAGUAUUCCCUCUAUGGAUACGACGCCGCUGCCCAUCUGACCGAGGAAACCAAAGGCGCUGACAAAAACGGACCGAUAGCCAUUCUGUCGAGCAUCGGCAUCAUCUCGGUGUUCGGCUGGGCGUACAUCUUAGCCCUCACUUUCAGCAUUCAGAACUUCGACUACUUGUAUGAUACUGGCAAUGAGACUGCCGGAACGUUUGUGCCGGCGCAGAUUCUUUACGAUGCUUUUCACGGGAGGUUCCACAACUCCGCUGGAGCGAUUGCUCUGCUCUUCGUCAUUUGGGGGUCGUUUUUCUUCGGCGGACUUUCGAUCACCACCAGCGCUGCUAGAGUGGUGUAUGCACUGUCGAGGGACAAGGGAAUUCCGUUGUCAUCGGUAUGGAGGAAAAUACACCCGAAGCACAAGGUUCCGGCCAACGCAGUGUGGCUGUGCGCGGCCCUUUGCUGUCUCCUCGGGCUGCCUAUCCUCAAAGUGAACGUGGUGUUCACGGCCAUCACGUCGAUCUGUACCAUCGGAUGGGUCGGUGGGUAUGCAGUUCCGAUCUUCGCGAGGAUGGUGAUGGCAGAGAAGAACUUCAAGCCGGGUCCGUUCUAUCUGGGAAGGGCAAGCAGACCCGUUUGCCUGGUGGCGUUCCUGUGGAUCUGCUACACUUGCUCUGUGUUCCUGCUGCCGACGUUCUAUCCGAUCGAUUGGAACACCUUCAACUAUGCCCCUGUCGCACUGGCCAUCUGCUUGGGCCUGGUGAUGUUGUGGUGGGUUGUGGACGCGAGGAAGUGGUUUAAAGGACCAGUUAGGAACAUCGAUAGCCACAAUGGGAAUGUCUAGCCUGAAUUGAUUGGUCCAUCGAACACUUACAGGUCUUUUAUUUAUAAGACAAUACAUACACGAGGUGACCACUUUACAGUAUAACAAACAGGUCGCGUCUAUGUAUUCAGUUGGAAGGGAUUUUGAAUUUUUCAAACCGAGCACCGGUCUCAUUGUAUUUCUUCAA